AUGCACUACACUAUACUGCUGAUCUUUCUUGCUGGAUACAGCACAGCCGCUCCAGCAGGAUUUGGCGCUCACAUCGUUCCUGCUCAUCAUCAUGCCAAAAUCGCUAUAGCUAAUGAAGCAGCUGUUAAAGCUCAUGCCGUUGAAGCAGGAGCUGCUUUGAAAGGAUAUUCUUUUACUUCUGAAGUUGGACAUGGCGGUUCUACCGUAACACAUGUUGCUUCACCAGUAGCUCACGUUGCUGUUGAAGCUCCUGUUGCUCCAGCUGCGGUAGCUGUUGACGGUCCUAUCGCCAAGGGUUACUCUUACGCCACCGAAGUCGGUCAUGGUGCUGCAAUAGCUCACGGAGCUGCACUCGCUCAUGAUGCUGCUGUAGCUCAUGGAGCUGCUGUAGCUCAUGGAGCUGCACUCGCUCAUGGUGCUGCUGUUGGAGGUCCUAUCGCCAAGGGUUACUCUUAUGCCACCGAAGUCGGUCAUGGUGCUGCAUUCGCUCAUGAUGCUGCUGUAGCUCAUGGAGCUGCACUCGCUCAUGGAGCUGCUGUAGCUCAUGGAGCUGCUGUUGGAGGUCCUAUCGCCAAGGGUUAUUCUUAUGCCACCGAAAUUGGUCAUGGUGCUGCAAUAGCUCAUGGAGCUGGUAUUGCUCAAGUUGCUCCAGCUGCAGUGGCUAUUGGAGGUCCUAUCGCUAAGGGUUUCUCUUAUGCCACUGAAGUAGGACAUGGAGCUGCUGUUGCUGUUGACGCUCCUGCUGCUAAAGGAUUUUCUUAUGCCACUGAAGCAGGACAUGGUGCUGCAGUAGCCGCCGCUGCUGCUAAAGGAUUCUCUUAUGCUACUGAAGUAGGACAUGGAGCAGCUGUAGCCGCCCCAGCUGCCGUCGCUGUUGACGCUCCUGCUGCUAAAGGAUUCUCUUACGCCACCGAGGUAGGACAUGAUGCUGCAGUAGCCGCCCCAGAUGCCGUCGCUGUUGACGCUCCUGCUGCUAAAGGAUUCUCUUACACCAAUGAAGUAGGACAUGGUGCUGCAGUAGCCGCCCCAGCUGCUGUCGCUGCUGGCGCUCCUGUUGCCAAGGGAUUUUCUUAUGCUACUGAAGUAGGACAUGAUGCUGCUGUUGCUCACGGGGCUGCCGUAGCUCAUGGUGUUGCUGUAGGUCAUGUUGCAGCUCCAGCUGCUGUUGCUGUUGAUUCUCCUGUCGCUAAAGGAUUCUCUUAUGCAAGUGAAGUAGGACAUGGUGCUGCAAUAGGUGUUGCUGUAGGUCAUGUUGCAGCCCCGGCUGCUGUUGCUGUGGAUGCUCCCGUUGCCAAGGGAUUUUCUUAUGCAAGUGAAGUAGGACAUGGUGCUGCAAUAGCUCAUGGUGCUCCAGUUGCAGUGGAUGUUGGAGGUCCUAUCGCCAAGGGUUACUCUUAUGCCACUGAAGUUGGUCAUGGUGCUGCAAUAGCUCAUGGAGCUGCACUCGCUCAUAACGCUGCUGUAGCUCAUGAUGCUGCUGUAGCUCAUAAUCGUGCUGUAGCUCAUGAUGCUGCUGUAGCUCAUAAUCGUGCUGUAGCUCAUAAUGCUGCUGUAGCUCAUAAUGCUGCUGUAGCUCAUGAUGCUGCUGUAGCUCAUAAUCGUGCUGUAGCUCAUAAUGCUGCUGUAGCUCAUAAUCCUGCUGUAGCUCAUAAUGCUGCUGUAGCUCAUGAUGCUGCUGUAGCUCAUGAAGCUGCACUUGCUCAUGGUGCUGCUGUAGCUCAUGCUCCAGCUGCAGUGGCUAUUGGAGGUCCUAUUGCUAAGGGUUAUGCUUAUUCCUCUGAGGUUGGCCAUGGUGCUGCAGUAGCUCAUGUUGCUGGACCAGCAGCUGUUGCCGUGGAAGGUCCUCUUGCUGCAGGUUAUUCAUAUUCUACUGGACUCGCACACACGGCUCCCGUAGCAGCUGUAAAAUCUGCUGGCGUUUACCACGGUCCCAUUAAAACAGUUGACACGCAUUCCGUUGUAGGACUUUUCACCAGUGAUAGAUUUAACNAUGCUGCUGUAGCUCAUAAUCGUGCUGUAGCUCAUAAUGCUGCUGUAGCUCAUAAUGCUGCUGUAGCUCAUGAUGCUGCUGUAGCUCAUGAUGCUGCUGUAGCUCAUGGAGCUGCACUUGCUCAUGGUGCUGCUGUAGCUCAUGCUCCAGCUGCAGUGGCUAUUGGAGGUCCUAUUGCUAAGGGUUAUGCUUAUUCCUCUGAGGUUGGCCAUGGUGCUGCAGUAGCUCAUGUUGCUGGACCAGCAGCUGUUGCCGUGGAAGGUCCUCUUGCUGCAGGUUAUUCAUAUUCUACUGGACUCGCACACACGGCUCCCGUAGCAGCUGUAAAAUCUGCUGGCGUUUACCACGGUCCCAUUAAAACAGUUGACACGCAUUCCGUUGUAGGAGUAAAAUCAGCUGGAGCUUAUUAUGGCCCAGAUCACUUAUAAAAUUAUAUUAUUUUGGGGAACGAUGGGAUUUGCUCAAGAGUAAAUUAAUAAGUAUAGUACAUAUUGUAUUAUUAGAAUAAUAGAAUUGGAAAGAACUUAUUAAUUGUAAAAUAGAA